AUGGCUGAUUUCUCUGCUCACCACAACCAGAGCCAGUCUGCACUCACCCCCACCCAUGGGACAUUGGUACUGUUCCAGAGCUUGCAGCUGGUGCACCAGCUGAAGGCGCCGAUCAUCCUGCUGUACGCAGCCGUGGUGGUGGUGGGCAUGGUGGGGAACUGCUUGCUGGUGCACGUCAUUGUGCAGGUGAAGAAGAUGCACAAUGUCACCAACUUCCUGAUCGGGAACCUGGCCCUGUCAGAUGUGGCCAUGUGCGCCACCUGCAUCCCACUCACCCUGGCCUAUGUCUUCGAGCCCCGUGGCUGGAUCUUCGGCAGCACCAUGUGUUGUUUCAUCUUCUUCAUGCACCCUGUCACCAUCUACGUCUCCGUCUUCACUCUGGCCACCAUUGCUGUGGACCGCUACAUUGUCAUUGUGCAUCCACUGCGGUGCCGCAACUCGCUGCAGCUGGGUGCCUACGUGGUGCUCUUCAUCUGGAUCCUCUCUGGCUGCCUGGCACUGCCAGCCAUGGCUCACACCUACUACGUGGAAUUCAGCCAGCAGCAGAUCACUCUGUGCAAGGAGUUCUGGGGGGAACAAGAGCACCAGCGUCAGACCUAUGUGUUCUUCCUGCUGCUUUUCACCUACCUCUGCCCCCUGCUAGCCAUCCUGGUCUCCUACACCAAGAUCUCCCUUAAGCUCAAGAACAGGGUCAUGCCUGGUACUAUCACUCAGAGUCAGGCCAACUGGGACAGAGCCAGGCACAAGAGGACCUUCUGCCUGCUGAUCACGGUGAGGGUGGUCUGUGGGGUAUGCUGGCUGCCCUUGCAUACCUUCAACCUCAUCUGGGACACCAACAUCAAUGCCAUGGAUGCCUAUUAUUUUAGUCUUGUCCAGCUGCUGUACCACUGGUUUGCUAUGAGCUCUGCGUGCUACAACCCCUUCAUAUAUGCCUGGCUGCACGAUAGCUUUAGGGAGGAGCUAAAGAAGUUAUUGGUCUGGCACAGAAAAGUGGCUCCUUAUGGGCAAAGCAUGACAGUGAGUGUUGUCAUCUGA